AUGCGAUGUCGCCCCACAUGCCGCGGCGGUAGCUGCCAGUCCGCGGAGAACUCAAGUAUGGAAGGCUGGCAGCCCUCCAGAGGCUGCGACACUAGAAGUUCAGGCAGAGGCUUCUGGGCCCUCUGCGCUUCGCGGAUCCAUCUGCGUGACUGCCGUCGACAGGUCUUUGAUCCUGUGGCGCCGAGAGGGUGGAGUCUGGCAGUCCUCCGAACUGCGCAGGGGACCCGGAAGGGUCACGGAUGUCUCGCUAAACGACUCGGCUACGCAUGUGGCCUCCGUGGCCGGUGCAGCAGUCGCCGUGGAUGGAAUCUCAGGGGGCCCCUCCUGGACUUGCACCUUCCCAAAGCCUGUGCUGACUGUGGCCAUUUGCCCACAAUACGCGGAGGCAGCUCUAGGCUUGCGCGUCCUCUGCUCCGGUGGCGAGGAGGGUCGCCUUGUCCUCAGCCGCGGUGGCUCCCUCGAGACGCGGCAUGCAACCCUCCACCACGGAGAGGGGCCGAUUACAGCCAUCCGCUGGCGUGGAGGGCUGGUUGCAUGGGUCAACAGCAAGGGUGUGAAGGUCGUGGACGUCGAGACCUACCAAAAAGUCACUUACAUCGCGCGGCCUCCAGGCUCUGUGAAGCUUUGCUGGCUGAGUGA